GACAAUGCAUUAGGGCAGGGGUGGACUGACAACUCAUGGGGCCCCCGGGCAAUAGGGGAUCAUAGGGCCCCUGUGUCCUUGCCCAAACUCAAAAAAGCCUAUGAAAAAGGUACCAGGGGCAUCUCAUGGGGCCCCCUACUGACCCGGGCCCUCGGGCAGUGCCUGAGUUUCCAAAUGGUCAGUCCGCCCCUGCAUUAGGGUAAAAAUCCUUAAAGUGGUUGUGAGAGCUAAAGGGAAAAAUAUCAAGGGUGCCAACAAUUUCGGCCAUGACUGUAGGUAUUGCUUAUUCUUGGAAUUCAUCAAAAGAUCCUUCUCUAAUUUAUUUUAUUGUCU